CUCCGCAGCUCUAUAGGCUCCUGGGGUGGAGUCCAAAUCACUCAUUGAUUGUGAAAGCUGACCUUGCAGCAAGAUAAGCUACCAUGAGGCUGUCGGUGUGUCUCCUGCUGGUCAUGCUGGCCCUUUGCUGCUACCAGGCCAACGCCGUGGUCUGCCCAGCUCUUCUUUCUGAGACAUUGGGCUUCUUAUUCGUUGACGAACCUGCGUUCAAGUUACAACUUGCCAAAUUUAAUGCUCCUCCAAAAGCUGUUGCAGCCAAGUUGGAAGUGAAGAAAUGCACAGAUCAGAUGUCCCUUGAGAAACGAGGCCCAAUUGAAGUAGCCCUGUUGAAAAUCGUGGAAAAAUGUAACAAGUGACAUGUAAAAACUUCCAUCCUGGUUUCCACCAUCUUUCAAUGAUACCCUGCUCUUCACUGCGGAAUGUAAAGGUUUCAACGUCUUGCCUUAAUAAAUCACUUGCCCUGCACGUC